AUGGGCCUUUGGCCCCCACUCUCCACACCUCGCCGCUGGUGUGCUGCAGGCUCAGCAGAUGACACGAUCUAUUUGGCUAGUGGGAUCGGAUCUCACUUCAACACGGACGUGGCCAAGUCAGUGGAGAAGUGGGAUUUGCAAAACAAGAACGUCAUGAUCUCUACCAUUGCCAAUAACACAAUUCCAUGGAAAUGGGAAAAGGUGAAAGGACUAAAAGAUGGGAGAUUUAGUAGGGAUGCUAUUGAUGCAGUAGGGUGGAGAGGGAAACUUUGUAUGGUGAAUAUGAAAGGAGAUGCAGCUAAAGAAGGGAUUGUGUAUGAUACCAAUAAGAACAUAUGGGAGGAAAUGCCAGAGGGUAUGGUUGCAGGGUGGAGAGGACCCGUGGCAGCCUUGGAUGAAGAGGUUAUGUAUGUGGUAGAUGAAGCCAAAGGUGUGCUUAGAAAAUAUGAUCCAGAAAGGGAUUAUUGGGAGCAUAUAAUGGAGUCAGAGAGGCUUAUUGGAGCACAGCGGACUGUCGCCGGUGGAGGUAGAGUUUGUGUUAUUUGCGGCAGUCGUACUGAGAUUGUUGUGCUGGAUGUGAUGGCUCUUCCGGUGAGACUAUCGGUGGUGGAAACGCCACGGGGAUUUGAAGCCUUAGCGAUUCAUAUUUUGCCAAGGAUGAGCCGGCCAGAUUUUUGA